CGUCAUUCUCUCCGCACUUUCUCCUCUCCCACCCUCCCCCUGAUAUACCCCCGUUGAGAUACCCCCAAUUCCCCUGUGAUCUGUUCGAAGGGACUAUAUUUUUCGAUUUACUUUUUUGUCUGAGCAUGUCUCGUCGGACAUCCGCCAUGUCUUCGAGCACUUCUGCGAAUAGCGGUGGUUCGCCAACCGGUGAUGGCGGCCAGGAAAAACAGAAGAUGCUGCUCUCUUCAGAGACUGGGCACUUUAGCAUGAUCAAGGCUUUGCAUUUGGCAGAUCUAGUAACUGAGCUCAAUGGAUUCUGCGGAGUCAUGUCUGUUCUCUCGUCUAUGCGAUACUGUCUUGGCGAUCCCACUGAAUACGGUGCCAUCUGGGCCGCUCUCGCGUUCAUGCCCUUCGGCCUGUUUUUCGACUUCAUGGAUGGCAAGAUCGCCCGGUGGAGGGGCAAGUCGUCUCUCAUGGGACAAGAGCUGGACUCGUUAGCGGAUCUGAUCUCCUUCGGAAUGGCGCCCGCCGCCGCGGCUUUUGCGCUCGGCGUUCGCACCCCGGUCGACCACCUCCUACUCUCAUUCUUCGUUCUCUGCGGCCUCACCCGGUUAGCUCGCUUCAACGUGACGGUUGCCGUGCUCCCCAAGGACAAGACCGGCAAGUCGAAGUACUUUGAAGGCACUCCGAUCCCCACCACGCUCUCCAUCUCCUUCCUGAUGGCCUACUGGGUGUCGCAAGGGUGGAUCCAGGAGGAUCUGCCGCUGGGACUGAUCGCCGCGGGCACGUCGUUCGAGUUCCACCCCGUGGUGCUGAUGUUCGUCCUGCACGGCUGCAUGAUGGUCAGCAAGACGAUACACAUCCCCAAGCCUUAGACGAGGGGCACUGGAACGAGCUGCCCAGAUCCUGUCGACCCUUGGUUGCAUGAUAGAUGUUUUACGAGCAUAUAUAGGAUAAGAAGGGCAACUUGAUAAGAGCGGAGCGGAGGAUUCAACAUACCGCGGAUGCAGAUAUGAAUUGAUCGCAUUGAUUGAGUUGGCCUGAGCAAAUAUUGGAGAUGACAUAAAAAGGACGAGUGUGCCAUGUGCCAUUGGAAAAGACUUGAUUCAUGUGCAAGUGAGAAAAGUUUGCUGGCUGGAUAACCAGCCUUGAAAAUACCACGCAUAAAGAUGUUCCAUCCUAG